GCAAGAUGCCCCUGGGGCUGCGGAGAAAAAAGAAAUUCAACACCAAGGAGACCUCCCGAUUGGUGGAGGGCGAGCACACGGAUGCGGCUGUCCGCAGUCUGCCCAGCCCUCCGGCGCCCACCCGCAGGCUGGCUUUCCACACGCAGCUGGCCCACGGGAGCGCCACGGGCAGAGUGGAGAAUUUCUCCAGCAUCCAGGAGCUCUACGCCAAGAUCGCGGGCGUGUUUGAGAUCCCUCCGUCGGAGAUCUUAUAUUGCACUUUAAACACACCUAAAGUUGACAUGGGAAAACUCUUAGGAGCACAAAUAGGUCUCGAAGAUUUCAUAUUUGCCCACAUAAAAGGGAUCAAAAAAGAAGUGAAUGUGUAUAAAUCUGAGGAUUCACUUGGUCUCACUAUUACAGAUAAUGGUGCUGGCUAUGCUUUUAUAAAGAGAAUUAAAGACGGUAGCAUAAUUGAUUCAGUUAAAACAAUCUGUGUGGGGGAUCACAUUGAAGCCAUCAAUGGAGAAAAUAUCGUUGGGUGGCGUCACUUUGAUGUUGCUAAGAAGUUAAAGGAACUAAAAAAAGAGGAACUCUUUACCUUGACAUUAAUAGAACCUAAGAAGGCCUUCGAUAUGGAGCCCAGGUCAAAAGCUGGAAAGUCAUCAACAGGAAAGAUUGGUACGGGAAGGGAGACACUUCGUCUGAGAUCGAAAGGCCCUGCCACUGUGGAGGAAGUGCCUUCUGAAACCAAAGAAAAGGCGAUUGGAAAGGUUGAUGAUCUUCUUGAAUUAUACAUGGGAAUUCGAGAUGUCGAUUUAG